AAAAAGGCAGAAGGAUGUAGCAGCGGUACCCUGACCAGGAGCCUGGAUCCCAUCAGGCGAGAACUGCUUCCUUGUCGCUGGGGAGGAAAAGGAUCUUCCUGGUUAAGGAUAUCGGGUUUCCUGGGGAUAUGAAAGGAACUGAUCUUUAGGAACUAGCUGACGCUGAUCAUCCAAGGAGGAGACAGAUUUGGAAACCUUUGCUCAGGCUCACCUGCUUUUGCUUUUUGGAUGCCUGUUCUUAAAAAAGGAAACCCUGAAUAUGUGCCCCCACACUAGGGAUAGGUUUGUCCGCUGCCACCCCACCAAUGGCAAGAUGACUAGGCCAUGCAGCGCACGGUUAUGACACCAUGAAGAGUUACCAUGGGGAGCGCAGCCAGUCACGAGAACACCCCUGCCACUGCGUCCCGGAGGCCUGCGACCAGCCGAUGGAAUACGUCCACCAUAGCCAGGAGUCUCGCCAGCCAUACCUCCUCAGCCCCAGCGAGCCUUGUUCCCUGGACCACUACUGCCCAUCGCGGGGCUCUGCCGAGGCCCCGCUCAGCCUAACGGAGCCCCUCUCAGCCGCCAGCAGCAGCAGCACCUUCCCUAGGAUGCACCACACGCCACAGCAGUACGACUCCUGCGACGAGUGCAUGGCGGCCGCCCACCCUUCCGGCAAGAUCAACCGGCUGCCCCCGACCCUCCUCGACCAGUUUGAGAAGCAGCUGCCCCUGCACCACGACGGCUUCCACACCCUGCAGUACCAGCGGGCCAGCAGCACGGAGCAGCCGCGGAGCGAGAGCCCCAGCCGCAUCCGCCACCUCGUCCACUCGGUCCAGAAGCUCUUUGCCAAGUCGCACUCCCUGGAGGCCCCCUCCAAGCGCGAGUACAACGGCACCAAGAUGGAAGGCCGGGGGGGCGAGGGAGGGUACCACCACCACCACCCUCACCACCACCACCGCCAGUCGCGCCACGGCAAGCGCAGCAAGAGCAAGGACCGCAAGCCGGACUCCUCCUCCUCCUCCUCCCGCCACCGGAACAAGAUGAUGGGCUGGUGGAGCUCCGAUGACAACCUGGACAGCGACAGCAGCUACAUGGUGUCUGGGAGGCAGCACGCCAUCGACCAAGCCACCCAGUACUGCGUGGACACCCCUGAAAGUGCCUUCAGAGACUUGACCUUGAAGAGUCUGAAGAGCGGAGGUGGGGAGGGCAAGUGCUUGGCUUGCGCGGGAAUGUCCAUGUCCCUCGAUGGCCAGACGCUCAAGCGGAGCUCCUGGCAUACCAUGACCGUCAGCCAAGCGCGGGAGGCCUACCCCAGCUCGGGAGGAGGCCCGGAGAAAGCCUUGAUGCUCCAGGAGGCCAAGGCCAAGGACCGAUCCUAUCAUUAUCUUCAGGUACCCCAAGAUGAUUGGGGAGGAUAUCCAGCAUCAGGGAAGGAUGGAGAGAUACCCUGUCGACGGAUGCGGAGUGGCAGCUAUAUCAAGGCCAUGGGAGACGAUGACAGUGGGGACUCGGAUACCAGCACCAAGGUGUCUCCCAAGGGGGUGACCCGGCGUGAGGGGUACCGUCGUUCCUCCAGUGUAGACCAGGCCAGAACCAACUGCUGCACGUCACCCCGAAUCCGGCCACGGGGACAAGGGUAUGGACGUUCCUUUACCACCGGGCAGAUUAAUGAUGAGUUGAACCACCAGUUUGAGGCUGUGUGUGAGUCUGUCUUCGGAGAGGUGGAGUCGCAGGCUGUCGAAGCCUUAGACCUGCCCGGUUGCUUCCGCAUGCGCAGCCAUAGCUACCUGAGAGCCAUCCAGGCCGGCUGCUCCCAGGACGAUGACUGCCUCUCUCUCUUUACCAUGGCAACCACCACCCACCAGCCUGGCCAGCCCCUCACCAGCAGCAUUCUCAAGCCAAGCACCUCCUUUAGUUACAGGAAAGCUCCCCCUCCCCUCCCUUCAGGAAUGAAAGCCAAGCCCCUCAUUUCUGUGACGACGCAAAGCAGCUCUGAGUCCGCCCAUGACAGCUUCCUGCCCAGGGAGGUCAAAAGGAGUCCGUCGUGGUCCAAAGAGGCCGCCAAGCGCUGCAACUCCACAGAGAGCCUAGAAAGCACCAAGAUCACUGCCAUGUCCCUGGACUUGCCUUCAAUCCAACCCAGGACUGCCCCCAACCCCUCCACCCUCAUCAUCAGGACGAUUCCGGGGAGGGAGGAGCUGAGAAGUUUGGCUCGUCAGAGGAAAUGGCGCCCAUCUAUCGGAGUUCAGGUGGAAACCAUAUCCGAUUCAGACACAGAAAGCAGGAGCCGCAGAGAGUUCCACUCCAUCGGGGUGCAAGUAGAAGAAGAUAAAAGGCGCGCUCGGUUCAAGCGGUCCAACAGUGUGACGGCCGGCGUGCAGGCUGACCUGGAGCUGGAGGGUUUGGCAGGGCUGACGGUGGCGACAGAGGACAAGGCCCUUCAGUUCGGGCGCUCCUUCCAGCGGCAUUCCUCGGAGCCGGAGUCCACGCGGCAAUACUCGGUGUACAAGACGGUGCACACGCAAGGGCAGUGGGCCUACCGGGAAGACUACCAGAUGCAGUACGACACCGUGGAAGUGCCGCGCCAGGAUUCCUGGAUGGACAGGGGGUCGCGCAGCCUGCCCGAUUCUGGCCGAGCAUCGCCCUGCCACCGGGACGGCGAAUGGUUCAUUAAGCUGUUGCAGGCGGAGGUGGAGAAAAUGGAAGGCUGGUGCCAGCAGAUGGAACUGGAGGCUGAAGAUUAUGAUCUGCCGGAAGAGAUCCUUGAGAAGAUCCGCAGUGCGGUGGGCAGUGCCCAGCUCCUGAUGUCACAGAAAGUCCAGCAGUUUUACCGACUCUGCCAGCAGAACAUGGACCCCAAUGCUUUCCCCAUGCCCACUUUCCAGGACCUGGCUGGAUUCUGGGACCUCCUGCAGCUCUCCAUUGAGGAUGUCAGCAUGAAGUUUGCUGAACUUCACCAGCUCAAAGCCAAUGGGUGGAAACCCAUUGAGCCCAAGGAGGAAAAGAAGGUGCCUCCGCCAAUACCAAAGAAGCCGCCACGCUCCCGGCUGCACCCAGUGAAGGACCGGUCCCUGGACUCUGUGGACCGGCAGAGGCAGGAGGCCCGCAAGAGGCUUCUGGCGGCCAAGAGGGCUGCCUCCUUCCGCCAGAGCUCAGCCACCGAAAGUGCAGACAGCAUUGAGAUCUACAUCCCUGAGGCCCAGACCAGACUGUGAGGGCAGGGGCCGCUUUUCAAACCAUCCUGUACGUGCAGAAGACACAGCACCACUGUGAUCUGUGUCCCAUCAUUUCCCCAGGGAGGGCAACUCUAAGCCUCAUCACAAUCUCUGAAUUUUUUAACAAGAACUUCUACAAUCCAUGGACCUGAAGCCAGACAGAUGUGAAAACUGGCCUCCUUCGCUCGUCACUCUUAUAGCAAGAUGUGGCGGUUGCCAGCCUUCACCGGUUGCUCUCCUCUGGUCCAUCUAGACCGGAACCUUUCCCCCUUCUAUUCCUCCGAUUCUCUUCUUAUAUAACCUUUGCCCCCUGCUCCCAUUGGUGGGCAUUUCCACCACCACGACCCCUUAACCCGCCCCCUUUCCAUGAGCUUUUUUCACUGUCCUGCAGGCUCGGGGCCCCCAUCAACAACCCCGUCACUCCACAUCCGCGGAUUUGAGGCCCAUCAAUAUUUAUAUUAUAAAUAUUAUAUGUAUAUGUACUUCUAUAAAUAUAACCGAAGGGCAGAAACUGCCCAAGACCACAGCUGUGUUUCUGAUGGCGAGAGCCUUCUCGUCUCCUCAGGAGACCCCGUCCCGUCCCGUGUCAGCAGCCUGAGUCCCCGCCCUACAUGCACAAAACAUACUAAGAUCUCCCCCACCACCGACACAUACACACAAAUACACAAGUUGGAUCAAGCAAGGGAGAUAGCUGGAGGGAUGGGUGGACACCACCAUAUCUGUCAGCCCCAGAAUCUUGGCUGAAGGUCUGCUGGUCGACAAACAUUUGGUGGAACUGGUUCUGUGAGGAGUGGCGCAUCUAUAACUUCCUGAGUCUUGGAAGCCGAUGCUCCUGAUGAGGGAUUCUUUAAAAAUAGCAUUGGCUGUGCUCUUCUGUGGUGGUACCACUCAAAUGACCAAUGACUCAUUCUCUUGCAUCAGCAAGAGCACAAUUCCCAAGACUCAGGAAGUUAUAAUUCCACUCUGCACAGGAUGUCAGGGAGUCGUCUUGUAUAGAAUUAUGGGUUUUACAGCUCAAGGAGGAUAAUGAAAGCCAGAUUCAGAGAAGAGCUACACCUAUGAGAAAGGAUCUUCUAGGAGCCAAAUUGUCUGAUGAGGGGGGAAUCA